CCAUCUGGAAAAUUCAUUAUUGGUGGUCCUCAAGGUGAUGCUGGAUUAACAGGACGUAAAAUCAUUGUUGAUACGUAUGGGGGACAUGGUGCACAUGGUGGCGGUGCAUUUUCUGGAAAAGAUUGGUCUAAAGUAGAUCGUUCUGCUGCAUAUACAGCUCGAUGGAUUGCCAAAUCUAUUGUAAGUGCUAAACUUGCACGUCGUGCCCUUGUGCAACUUUCUUAUGCAAUUGGAGUUGCAGAGCCACUUUCAAUCUUUGUUGAUACCUAUGGAACAUCAACUAAAACUGACAAGGAAUUGUUAGACAUCAUUAAAAAUAAUUUCGAUUUAAGACCAGGUGUUAUUGUGCAAGAAUUAGGUCUCCAUAAACCAAAUGGUUGGUCUUAUGAACAAACUGCUUCAUAUGGACAUUUUGGUCGUGAUGAGAAAUAUACUGCUACCAGGCCUCACUUGAGAGUUGAUCAAGCCAUGUUAUAUUUGAUUUACAUUUAUCCAGGGUUGCCAUUGGGCAUGGUGAACAUUGUCCAAUGUCCAACAGUUGUCAAUUGA